AGCGACGAGGUAGUUUGUCCACAUGGUGUUUCCGUAGCAUUUCCGCUAAAUUUUAAACACUUCCGCUUUGUAAAAACGACCCUGCGUGCUUGUGUAUUUUCUAUUUAUCCUUUUUGCUGUUUUAGUUGUUAUUUAUUUAGUUCAUAUCGACGGAUAAAAAAGACAUCGCGGUUUAUUAGUGCGUUGUCUCAGUGCGAUUCUCUCUAGCUGGCUUAGCUUGUUAGCCGCUGACAAAGAGACGGGGAAGUUAGCCACAAAUGCUAAGUGUUGUUAUUGUGCGAAAAUGUGCACUUGCGAAGGAGCGACUAACUGCUGCUGCUAAAUAGAUAAUACAAAUAACGAUAGCAGAGUACGAGGAGGAAAAAAGAAGAGAACGAGCGACAAAUGGAGUCACAAGCAGCAGACUGCAAAGAAGAAAGCUGUAGGUGGGAUCGGUGUAUUAGCGGCUGGCUGCAGCAACACAACCAGGAGGACUUUGACUUGGAUAGCAGACGCGCUAUCCGACGCUAGCCGCCGACCGCACGGAUGAUCGGGUGAAGUCCUUCGUCGCUCCGUCAAUCGCUGGAACGCAGAUGCCGGUGAAGAAUAUCUUCCCCCUGAGCGGCGGUGGGUCUCCAGGAUGGAGCAGCAUGAGCCGCAUCCCCACCCUGUUGAAGACGACGAAGAAGAAGAGGAGGAGGAUGAGGACGAGGAGCCCCCUUGCAUUAAAGAGGAAGAGGAGGAGCUCUGCAUCAGCCAGGACGACGCCGACGUCAACAAGUCACCAGUUAUUCGUGUGAUUGUGAAGAGUGAAGAUGGGGAAGACGAAGCUCAGUGGUCCCAGCUUGACGACAGUCAGAGCGAGGAGAAGAGCCGAUCGGAAGCGGACAGCUUCUCGGAUAGUGACAACUCCACGUCACACUUUCCCGACACUGACGAUGAAAACUCCAAAGCUGACGUGACGACUCGCACUGACGACAAACACUUUAAACGCUCUCGACGUGACCAAACGUUUGAAGACCACAUUGGAUUGGAGGAACACAGGACUUGUCACACGGAGGACAAAACCUUCAGCUGCCCGUUUUGUGAUAAAAGCUUCCCCAGGAAUAGUAAUUUGAAAUUGCACGUGAGAACGCACACCGGGGAGAAACCGUUUUCAUGCUCGGUGUGCGGCAAAAGAUUCUCUAUUAAGGGAAAUUUGAUGAAACACUCAAGCACACACACAGGAGAGAAACCCUUCCCCUGCCCGGUUUGCGGUAAAAGAUUCUCCCGCAAGGGCAAUUUGAUGGCGCACGCGAGGACUCACGCCGGGGAUAAACACCAGAAAACAUUUUCCUGCUCCGCCUGCGCGACGAGUUUCGGCAUGCGCUCGACGUUGUUGAGACACAUGAGGACGCACACCGGCGAGAAACCUUUUCCCUGCGCCAUUUGCGCGCAAACCUUCUCUCAAAAGGGGCAUUUGAUGAGACACAUGAGAACGCACAGCGGGGAGAAACCGUUCCCCUGCUCCGUUUGCGGCAAAAGGUUCACUCAAAAGGGCAGUCUGAUGACGCACAUGAGAACACACACCGUGGAUAAGCCUUUUACUUGUUCGGUUUGUGGACAGAAGUUCUCUCAAAAGGGCAAUUUAAUGAAACACCAGAGAACACACACUGGUGAAAAACCCUUCCGAUGUGACGAGUGCACUGAAAGCUUCUCUUACAAGUAUCAGCUUAAUCGACAUGAGUGUGUUGGUGAGAAGAUCAGCAGUCAAUGAAUGUAAGAUGUGUUUCUUCCCUUUUAAAAUAAA